CAUUGUUGUCAUCAAAUCGCAGCUGAGAACACGAUCGAGUGACCCUUUGGACGUAAAGUGUGCGAGAAAUGCGAUCGAGAUUAGCGGCCAUCGCCGGGAGCUCUUGCAGAGCCAUGACCGGAUCCCGCCGCGAAGCCGCGAGGCGAGGGCUCGCGUCGGUGUCGGCCGGUCGCACGGCCGAUCCCGACGUCCACGCGAAAGAGAGGGAAGCCGAAGUGAAGCCCGCCGUUUUCUCCGGAGAACCAGAGGAGACUAGGAAAGUGUAUAGCGUGAGCUGCGCGGGGCUGGAUGGCUCGCCGUGGCCGGAAGGCGAUGGGGAGAACCGAUCGCGGGGAGACAGGGGAGAAGCCGAGGAGGACAACAGGGAGUAUUACAAGCAUCGCAAGGCUUCGCCACUGUCGGAGAUAAAGUUUGCCGACACGAGGAAGCCGAUCACGAGGGCGACGGACGGGACGGCGGACUCGGCGCUCUACGGGGGAGCGCCGGACGUGGUGGGUUGGAGGCCGGAGCAGCUGGACACGGCGGAGGAGGCGCUGAUGCGGGCUGCGAGGAUCUGGAAGGAAUCGGCGAUGAGAGGGGACCCUGAUGCUCCGCAGUCCAGGGUGCUCAGGGCUCUUCGUGGUGAAGUAUAAGAGCUAUGAAUUUUCUUUGAAAAGCUUCGAUCUGUAAAUGAAGUAUACUUUUAAUAAUCUGUUUGAGGACUUCUCCUUCCCGAGAAACCCGCUUAAACCACAGACUUAACUCGUGGCAAGAUUCGAAUGGGCACAUUUUAAGAGAGUUCUACUUGUACUUAAUAUUGUCCGCUUGCAGACGUGCUGGAUCUUUACAACUUGAAAAUUUCAAAGACGUGUCCGUUCAUG